CUGCUUCUGCCUGAAGCAAAUCAUUUCAAAACACAGUAAGGAUUGUGCCCACUGAUUAUCUGAGACCAGCGAUUCCAGAUUGCAGAGACCACAGAAACAGAGCAUGCACUCCCCUGUGUGCCAGUGUGUACAUGAUGUAACAUACACAGACAUGGAGCUUUCGAGGUACUCGGGGCUUCUAAAAAUUGUUUGUUCUACUGGGCUGUGUAAGUGAAUGCAAUUAAUUCAAGUGAAUUUUAAUAAAGCUUUCUAAUUCAAAGAUGUUUUGGUCACAUAAAGUACAACUGAGUAUUUGCUUAGACACAAAGCUUUGAAUUCAAAACAAGCCUGUCCUGCCAAAGCCCAUUUUCCAUGAGUGACUGGGUAAUGAUGGCUUACAGGUAUCUGAAACAAACCAUCUGAACAGCCAGCAGUUGUUCUUUGCGAAAAGCAAUGAGAUUUCCCUUAGAUUAAACAUUACCAAUAAGCUUUUGGGUGUACCAUCAACAGUCACAUCACACCUAGGUUUGGUAAAGCAGACAACAGGGCAAGAAAACAGUUAACACAGUGGUCACUAACACACUGAAAUGGCUCCAAACACCUGAAGAACAAGUUCAAAAGGCUUCCUUCUACCUAGAUGCUUCUGAUUUUUAUGGGUAAAACAGAAACAGUUUGCAGAACACUCACUCAGCAAAUGAUUAGCAGAAUUAGUUGUGUGCAUUCACUAAUUUCUUCCUCCGGAGCAGAGUUUUCAGGAUGCACUCAAUAUUCUUAAUAGAACUUUACAACUGAUUUAGCGUUGUGUGGAUGCCAGACUCCUUCUAACUCAAGGUGUUUAAGUGUUUGACGUGUUCCUUCCUGGGCCCUGAGCACAAGCAAAGCUCGCUGUCCUCUCUAAACCCACGGUCUUUAGUACAGUGACUUUCUGGUGGGAGGUAGGAGGGUGGUCUCAGAGGAGGAGGGGUUAAUGGAAGGUAAAGAAAGAUCACAACGUGACUUCUUAAAUAGGAGCAGUUAAAUGGAAUCAGAGCAGGAGCUGAAGCCGCCAACAGGAACUGCACUCAGUGCUGUUUCUGCAGGGAUCUCACAUGUUGUGCUGUGAGGCAUUAACACAGCAUAAAAUACAGAGAUGGAGAAGUUAACUAACUGGAAUUAUAAACCCCAACUGUGCUGCUGAACAUGCUCCCUUUGCACUGAAGAGAGUCAGCGCCAGCGCUGCAGUCCCCGUGUCGAGCAGAUCAGGUGGUUGCAGAGCCCGGCCAGCAGCAAUACGAUGCAGCUGAAGAGGCACAACCCAGGCAGCAACUGGAGCUACUCUCCAGAACAAGGCGACCUCUAAGCUCCCAUCUUUCACAGGAAUGAUGUGCUGAUAUUGCAGAAGGAUCACGGCAACAAUGGAAUAUCAGAUACUGAAUACAUCUACCUGUCUGCUGGUCCUUCUGUUUUUCACACCCACUGUUUGGGGUAUCUGUCCUUCUAACUGUACAUGCUCAGGAAACGACAGGAAUGUGGACUGUUCAGGCAGAAACUUAACUGUGCUGCCACAGGGACUUCAGGACAACAUCACCUAUUUAAAUCUGUCCUUUAACCAGUUUGUAGAUCUCGACCAUCAGCUAACGAGAUUCACCAAUUUGAGGACCCUUGAUAUUUCAAAUAAUUGGCUCAAGAAUGUUCCUGCUCACCUACCCAAGUCCUUAUGGGAAUUAUAUGCCAUAAACAACAACAUUAAAGUUCUUCAGAAACUUGAUACAGCUUACCAGUGGAAUCUCAGAGUGCUCGAUGUUUCCAGGAAUAUGGUGGAAAGAGCUGUUCUGAUCAACAACACUCUGAGCAGCCUCAAGUUUCUCAAUCUCAGUAGCAACAAACUGUGGACAGUUCCAACCAAUAUGCCCUACAACAUAGAGACCGUGGAUCUAUCCAACAACUUCUUGUCCCAAAUACUUCCAGGAACACUGGUGAGACUACAGCACCUCACAAGCCUCUACCUGCACAACAACAAGUUCACAUACAUUCCUGACAAAGCUUUUGACCAGCUCUUUCAGCUCCAAGUGGUUACACUAUAUAACAACCCAUGGUCCUGCAGCGACAAACAAAACAUCCCUUAUUUGCUGAGAUGGGUGCAGGGAACCGCGGCCAGCGUGGUCGGGGCUCCCUGUGCCAAUCACUCUGUGCUCUGGGUGGAUGCCCCACCGACUCCAGCAGCUCCCACGGGGACAGACUCCAGCUCCAUGAUCCAAGGGAUGAAGGCAGCAGACAAAGCUGCUUCUCCAGGGGCAACCCAAAUGACAAAAGUGCAUAAACAGUUUAAAGCUGAGGAAGUCUCUACUUUGGCGACCUUAAGCCCAACCGUAGUGUUCACGAGCACGGACCGACCACUGCUCCUCUACCCAGAAGACCUGACAACGAGGAAAGUCAGCUCUCAAGAAGCAGCAGCCACACACACCAUCUACAUCAGAGAUUCAACUGAGGUGAACUCCAGCCUGACGCCUCCCAUGGGAUCCUCCACAACUCCUCUGACUUUAAGCAUCACCAGCGGAAUGCCAACAAACUACUCCAAAAUGCCUCAAAGCACAACUGCUACCUUAAGGAAAGAGGAAGCCACUACAAACGUUUUGAAUACUCACGUGCCCUCCCAAGCAAGUAUCCGUGAGAUGUAUCUGCUCUGUGUCGUGAUGCUUAGUGCAGUGGCAGUGUUUAUUGACUAAGGGCUUGUGUCUUGUGAGAAUUACUGAGUUUGUUCCUGUGAUACACAGCUGGAGUUCAGACUUCCAGUUGAAAUGAUGAAUCAAAACACAAGAAAUUCAAGGUUCUGACUCUGAUCUAGAGAAAAUAACAGUUCUUAAUUGAAGAAGUGCACACUAAUGUCUUGAUACUAAGCUGCUACUUAUUUUAAUAUGUCUUAAUUGAGUGCAACUAACUCAUGUUUUGGUUUUAAAGAUGUGCUUAUUUUGUAUUUAAAUUUUUAAUUUUACUUGCACAGAAUAAACCAUCAGAAUUUUAAGUACUGAUUUCAUGUAUGAUUUUGUCAUUAAACAACUGGAAAAAAUAGAAGGCCUGUAUCAUAUCUGCAUUGUCUUGCUUGACUUGCCAGUGAGCAACUCCUGUAAUAUAGCAGCACAGAUUCUCUGUAAGUUAUGAUGACAUGCAAAAGGAAGGGAAAAAAUAAAGGCACUAAACCUGCUUUUCCACUAACCAGAAGCUAUUCCUGAGAAAACCUGCUAGCAUGUGUAUCUAUUUUUGCUUCAUAUGUAUUAGCAUAUUUUAAAUGUGAAGAACAACAGUUCUGAAUUUAGGAAUUAAAUAUGACAAUGCCAUGAUGUCUGCUAAGAGGGUGUAAACUGAGAGGCAACAUGGUCUAACUAAGCAUGGGAAAAGUGAUAGGGGCUGAUACCUCUUUUUGCUCUGUCUUGACUUAGAGGCCGCAGGCAAGUUAUUUCUCACUCUCCGUAUUUAAAGAGAAAAGAUAAAAGUAGAGGAAAACACAAGAUGUUCAAUGCCAUGACACCCCAACAACGAGGAGUUACCUACACAACUUAAUGAACUGGAACUCCUUAACUUUAUCCAAAGGUCUGAAACAUUAAUGUAUUAUGCUUAGAAGAAUAUCACAAAUCAAACUACUACUUUCUGAUCAGUAAAAUGAAAUCUCAGCUGAUUUCUAAUACAAGUUAUGUAACAAAUCAAUGAAGUGAUCAGUUGUCACUGAAACAACCCUGGAAUCUUUGAACAAGAACUGAACUCGGUCCAUGGCCUUGAACAUGCCAACCCCUUGCUUUCCAAGGGGCAGCAUGAAUGCUAUUCUCCUUGGCACCUGCACCACCAGCGAGUAGAAAUAGUUGCACGCAUGGUCCUGUCCACUCUAGGAAAAUACUAUAAAUUAUGUGGCAAAGGUACCUGAUAUGCUACAGAUGAAGUUUUGCAAACAGCAUGAAAUGAAAACUGAAGAAUAAGUUCACUGAAAAAGUAUUAUUCGCCUAAAAUCACAACUCUUUAUACAAUGUUUUCCAUUCAUUUCAGGCCAUUUAAUUUCCAGUUAUUGUAGCAUGAAGGUGCUGCAAAACCCAGAAAACCUCACUACCGACACUGGAGUCCUCUACCUUUCCUGCUGGGUGUCAAUGAGGGCUGUAAACCAUUUACAACCACUGGUAUCAGAGAAAUCACAACUUUCCAAUUGUGAACAGUAUUUCUAUAACCGGAAACGUGUUUUAGUUUCUAACAGUAAAUGUUACACACUGAAUUUGUACAGUUAUUUCAUUGGCAUUUCAGUAAAAAUAAAGUUACGUUUGUAUUGAA